CAACAUCCAUUCCAACAAAGCCCGAGUCUGAGAUCCCACAGUAAUUACACGCCGCCAUCAUGAAACUGCAGCAACAUUCGCCCUUGAGACAACCGAUCCCCACAUUUCUGCAUUUAGUGACCUGCCUUCUAGCAGGGACGCAUUCGUGCACGCCCCCAAUCUCCCGGUCCCCGGCGGACUCUCCGGGCAAGGAAUCUCUGCACCGCUGGCCAGAGCUGGACUCCACUCGGGUUGCUUUGCUGGGGUCAGAAAUCUCUCAGCUGUUAUUUUUAAAAGAAUAUUUCACAAGGAUACAAAAAAAAACAAAAAAACAAGCCAACAACAACUAAAAACACCCAAGAGCUUCAUAAAACGAUGUUAUGCCAGAAUCCAUCAGAAGGAAGAAAUUUGAAACUAGGGAAAAAUGGACUGCGGAACUCUCUGUCGUUUCCUCCCACCCCGCCCCCAUAAGCAGAUCACCCAGAUCGCAGACGCUUUGCCCAGUAGCUGCUUUUGGAGGGAUCCCUAGCACAGAGACUGGAAGGAGAAUGCAAGCCGGGGCGGGAAGGACCGUGGGCAAGCUAGCCUCCUCCGAAGGCUGGGGCCGCAGCCAGCCUGGCCGGAGCCCUGGGCCAAGGCAGUCAGCUGUGCCUGUCAUUUGGUGCACGGCGGGCGCAGGCAGAAGCAGCAGAGGCUGGGGGAAGGGGAGCCCGGCCGAACUAGCUUUCCGAGCGCCGGCGAGCACCCACAAAAGUGCAACCACCAAUUGUUUUCGUUCUCCUUUCCCCAACAGCCUGGCCCGGACCACUCCAGUCCAGACAAACACAACAAACUGGUGCAAGGGGAGACUCUCAGUCUGGAUCCCUUUAACCCAACAACUCCUGCUGCUACUCGUCUUGCCGCCGCCCCCUGCAGCUGCUGCUGCUGCUCCUGUUCCGGGAGAAACUGCAGAUGUGAGUGAGCAGCUCGUAUCCCAAGCUGGAGCUUCUGGAUCGGGGGCACCCGGGCAGCUGGAGAUCUUUAUUUUCUCGCUUUCUGUCCCUUUGUCCCAAAUUGCAUCUCUCGGGCCCUUCCGUGCUCGCUGUUGUUCUGCUGGGGUCGAAGAAGGAAGUGAAAGCCGCCUUGGUACAGCUUUGCAACGGCACGGCCUCCCUGGGAAAGGCUUGUUUUGGGGAGAUUUUCUUGCCUUAUAA